AUGUAUUCUUCUAUUCUCUCCCAACACCUUGCGGCUUCAGCAUUCCCGCCAGCAGUUCAGAAGAUGGCCCUUUCCAUUACUGACCUCACGCUUGCCUUCCAUGCUCGCAUUUCCUCGACUUUCCUACCAACGGCAGUCAAAUUCCACUACGUCUUCAACCUCCGUGACCUGACCAAUAUCUUCCAGCGGGCCAACUCUGUGCAGGCAUUUGAAUUUGCCAGCAGUACCUCUCAGCUACACGAUAGUUCCGUUUAA